AUGGUGGAUAGAAAGGCAAUGAUGAUCCGGACGACGAAGUUCAUGACCAACCAUCUUCUCUCCAAAAAGCAAUUCCUUAUUGAUCAUGUUUUGCAUCCAGGAAGACCAAAUGUUUCCAAGGUGGAGUUGAAUGAGAAACUGGCAAAUUUUUCUCAGAUGAUCAAUGAUGUUAUUAUGGAAUUAACCAAAAAGUUUGAAAUGAAGGAUUUGGGACAGUUGGAUUACUUUCUGGGGUUACAAAUCACUUGUCAAUCUGGUGGAUUGUUUGUAUCUCAGUCCAAAUAUAUUAAGGAUUUGCUAAACGAAGUUGACUUACAAGAUUCAAAGCUUUGUCCUACACCUUGUCUGCCAUAUCAUAGACUUAUUAAGGAUAAUGGUACUCCAUAUCAUAAUCUAGAGCAAUAUAGGAGCAUUGUUGGUGCCUUGCAGUAUUUGACUUUUACAAGGCCAAACAUAGCAUUCUCAGUGAAUCAAUGCUGUCAAUUUAUGCAUAAUCCUAUGAAUUCUGAUGUUGUUGCAGUUAAGAGGACUCUUAGGUGUCUCAGUGGAACAAUAGACUAUGGUCUCAACUUUAAACCUGGAAAGCUGCAUCUACAAGUAUACAGUGAUGCAGAUUAG